UUUGGUGUGCAGUCCAACUUCUUUCGCCACCACAUCUUUCUCUUCCGUUCCAUUCUCGCUCUAAAGCGUCUAAUAGGGAUUGUGAACAGUGGAGUGGCACCCUUUGCUACUAGUAUGGCGUUCCUCCGAUCCCACGAUGGGCUUGUGGAUUGAUAUCAACAAUAUAUGAUGCGGAUCUCCUACCAAAAUCUCUCAUAAAACCACGGAGUCCAUCAUGCCUCAUGCUACUAGUUCAUCCUAACUUACGAGGGGCAGUUAGAUACCAAAUGCUGGUCGACCUUUGGAUUCCACUGACACUGUCAUGCUCCCUUUUCAAAUGCUUCCUCUGGAAUGGGUGUUGCUGAUGAUUGCAAGGAUAUAUUCUUAGAGCUUCAGAGGAAGAAGACACACAGAUAUGUGAUUUUCAAAAUCAAUGAGAAGCAAAAGGAGGUUAUUGUUGAAACGAUUGGAGGUGCAACCGAGAGCUAUGAUGAUUUCGUGGCUUCUUUGCCUGAAAAUGAUUGCCGUUAUGCUGUCUAUGAUUUUGACUUUGUUACUGAAGAAAACUGUCAAAAAAGCAAGAUUUUCUUCAUUGCCUGGUCCCCUUCCAUUUCCCGAAUCCGAGCUAAGAUGCUGUACGCAGCUUCUAAGGAUCGAUUCAGGAGAGAGCUGGAUGGUGUUCACUAUGAGAUUCAAGCUACUGACCCGUCAGAGCUGGACCUUGAUAAUCUUAGGGAGCGGGCACAUUAGAGUGAAGGCUUAGGGUCAUGGGAGCCUCAUCAGAGGCCUGCUUGACUUCGUGCUCUCUGCCAAAUGCUCAUGGGUUGUGCAAUCUUCAGAUUAUGCUGCUUGAUUGUAUUAAUCAAGUGUCAUUGGACACUUGUACAUGGACAAUAUAGAAGGCUUGUAAACUGAUACAACCUCUGAAGGCAUGAUUGUAUGAUUGCUAUUGUGGGUGUUUAUGUUGAUGUUCUACUUAUUUGUGAUUGUCAA